GUCACCCGCCCCGCCCCAAGCAAGGUUUCGAUUCCCGCGUUAACCCCACCAUACUACGGGAACGACUGAGGUUGCCACUACGGAUGGAGGGGGACACUGCCGGGGCGCCGGCGCUAGUCCAGCCCGAGUGGGCGCUCGGCUGGCGCUGCCGAGAGCACAGCGAACGCCCGGCUGAGCUCUUCUGUCGCCGCUGCGGCCGUUGCGUGUGUGCGCUGUGCCCCGUGCUGGGUGCGCACCGCGGCCACCCGGUGGGCCUGGCCCAGGAGGAGGCUGCGCGCGUGCAGCAACUAAUCCAGGACUGUUUAGAGUGUUUGGCAACCAAGAAGCAGCAACAUGCUGACAACAUAGCCCAUUUGGAAGACGCUGGGGAAAGGCUCAAGGCUUAUGCAGACUCGAGUAAAGCCUGGCUGACACAGAAAUUCACAGAACUCAGAUUAAUCCUUGAUGAAGAGGAAGUACUGGCCAAAAAAUUCAUCGAUAAGAACACAGAGCUCACCCUCCAGGUGUACAGGGAGCAAGCGGAGUCUUGUGGGAAGCAAAUCAAGGUCAUGGAUGACUUCUCUACCAGGGCAUGGAGCAUCAGCCAAGAGCCCAACCCUGUUCAGCUGCUGCAGGCAUAUGUAGCCACUAAGGCAGAGAUGGGACAGCAGAUGAUCCCCUCGGAGCUGUGCCACCCUGUGCCCCUGUCCUUCGAGCCUGUCAAGAACUUCUUUAAGGAGUUUAUGGAAGCCGUCCGGAAUACUUUACAGACACCAAUGGACACUCGCCUGAAGGAAAAUAUAAACUGCCAGCUUUCAGGCUCCUCCAACUCCAAGCCAGGCACCUUGUUGAAAACCAGCUCCUCACCAGAGAGAUCGCUCUUCUUGAAAUACGCGCGCACGCCGACGCUGGACCCCGACACGAUGCACGCGCGCCUGCGCCUGUCGACGGACGGCCUGACGGUCCGCUGCUCGCUGCUGGGCCGCUUGGGGCCGCGUCCCGCGCCGCGGUUCGACGCGCUGCGUCAGGUGCUGGGCCGCGACGGCUUCGCAGCGGGACGCCACUACUGGGAGGUGGACGUGCAGGAGGCCGGCGUGGGCUGGUGGGUGGGCGCGGCCUACCCGUCUCUGCGGCGCCUCGGGGCCUCCGCCGCCGCCCGCCUGGGCUGCAACCGCGAGUCGUGGUGCGUGAAGCGCUACGACCUCGAGUACUGGGCCUUCCACGACUGCCAGCGAAGCCGCCUGCGCCUCCGCCGCGACCCCCACCGGCUCGGCGUCUUCCUGGACUACGAGGCCGGCGUUCUGGCAUUCUACGACGUGGCAGGUGGCAUGAGCCACUUGCACACCUUCCACGCCGCCUUCCAGGAGCCGCUCUACCCGGCCCUGCGCCUCUGGGAGGGAGCCAUCAGCAUCCCCCGGUUGCCCUAGGCGAGCGGGCUUCCUUUCCUAGGCUAGUCUCCAGUCAGUCGACGUCCACGUACCCGGCUCUGCCUUUAGGGAGCAGGUUCCUGGAAGGGGCGCCCCGCUGCCUGUGUCUGGUACACCAUCUUGCAGCGCCUAGAAACUCCUGGCACACAGUAGGCACACAGUAAGUAUCAGUGAAAGUCUCCCGGCAGGGACACUUAUCUCCAUAAACCCCCGCCCUCACCCGUUUGGGCCAACUGCUCCCCAGCCACUUCAGCUUGUCCAGGUCACCUCUACCCAGAGGGUUUCUUUUGCAUCUUCUACAAACCAGGGUGAGCAUCCCGAAGCUUAGCUCGGCCCCUUGAGAUUAGAAGGGGGUUCUCAGAGAACUACAGACACAGAGCAGGAAGCACUUCUUAGCUUUUCUAGCACUUUGCCCAGCCUUUCGAGCCUGCCCCUGGGCUGCUUCCUCUCAUCCAAAUCCUGUCAGUCUUUUCAGACACGCGCCAUCAGAAGCUGGUUCACAGUUGCACCUUUGAAUCCUUGUGCAUCCCACCAUAAAUAGGAAAACCGUCUCUCCGCCUGUCUGAGUUCUCAGGCCUCUCUGCCCCACAAAGUGCCUUUCCACCCCUCGCCCUGGAAAAACGAAACUGUCGGGCCUGUAAACCUAGGACCUGUCGUUCCAGCUGCUUUCUAAGAACAUAUGUGUCCUUUCCUCCCCAAAAUGAUUCAGAAACGACCCUCGCAGGCAAUGACUGAGUGACUCACGGAGGAAAAACUCCUGAGAAUGACAGGACAGACCUCACAGGGGAGCUACAGCCUUGAUACCACAGCUCCUUUAGUCACAAAAGACCCCAGAGUUUUUCCCACACUCACCACUGCAGGGCCAAGCCUGGCAUCUCUUAACUGUAUCAGGGCCUUGUCACACGUAGUCACGCUACACACAGUUGACCCUUACUGCCCUCAGUCACACUACACACAGUUGACCCUUUCUGCCCGCAAGGGUGGGAAUGAAUCCCCUUGUACACAGGGCAGAACUGUACACUUGAGUCAGCUGACUGCCCAGGAUAAUGGAACCAGUGUUAGGUCAGCGUCUGUGCUGCCCCUCGUGCUGUGCUGUGGACGUGGCGCCUCUUCUGCUUCAGUUUUAAUUGCCUCUGGAUUGCCCUCUUUGGUCUCUGAAGCGAGGUUUCAGACCCGUCGGGGUGGGGGUGGGAUUGCUUUUUGAGAGGCUGUGAUUUGAGUAUAAAAUAAAAAGACUAGUUCUGGGCCAAGGUUUGUGCUGGUGCUGGCUGGAAGACUAGUUUCCGAUCAGUUGUGUGGCCUCAGGCAGCAUACCUUCUACCUAUGGUCCCACCUGAAACGUGGGUGAGUGUCAGCGGCUUCAAAUGAGCCAAAGCUAAUGAAAUUGCCUUUAAAACUAUAAUGUUGCAUCAGGCUGAGAUUUGUUAGCAUCUCCAGUAGAUUCUUCCCACCUUGUCACAGUGCUGAACCACAUACCCAGCAGCAGGGUGGCAGCCAAGGGAGCUGCCUUAAUAUUCUCAGGCAGUUUCCUUGGGAUCCAUGUUUUUGAAGGUAGAAAGAUAUGGUUUUUGGUUUGGGUCUUUUGAGACUGGGUUUCUCUGAGCAACAAGCCUUAGAUGUCCUCCCAGGCUGGCCUCCAACUCAGAGAUCACCUGCCUCUGCCUGAGUGCUAGGAUUAAAGGGAUGUGCCACCAUGCCUAGCCUCAAAGUAUAUGUCUUAAUGCUCUUGGUUUUGUAGAAUUAGACAAGUUAUUUUCCCUGUGGUGUUUGGUCUAGAACCAGUGGCCUUGCAGAUAAGCAAGUGCUCCCUCAAGCUAUAUUCCAACCCCAGCAGGUCUAAGAAAAAGUCAAGGCCAGUUCUGAGGGAAAUGGAGAGGACAGACACGUCUGUCUCAUAUCCAGCCUCAAGGGCGAGGGGUUGUGGGCCAUCUAAGAUUCCUGUGAGACUGGGAAGGGUCUGGCUCUUGACCUUGUGGGGCCAGGUACUUUCUGGGCACUGUCUCACAUAGAAGCUUCAUUAUCACCUCCUUCGGGCACACGGUUUUCAGUCCAUGAUUGGCUAGUAACAGCCAUAUUUUUAAAUGACAAGAGUUUUCUAAUAUAUGCUUUGUUUAAUAAAAUUGGAAUACUCUCCCUUGUAA